CAGGUAGAGAAGUGUAGGGAACGGAGAGAGAGGGAAGGGUUAAAGGCAUUAUCGCAGCCAUUAGAGGGAAAAGUUGAAGCAGUACAAGCACAGUAGAGUUCUCUCUCUUCCCCCCUCCCCCCUUCUCUCCCCCACUCCCCUCUUCUCGAGCUGUAUCAGUGUGUAGGGAGGGCAGUCAUCACGCCAUCCUGAGCAGCAAGAGCUGACGUUGGCCGAAGCUGCCAGGUAGCUGAAAAAAGGCACAGAAGGCAGCUGAUACCCACUUUUCAACGGUUUGUUUGUUUUUUUUUUGUGUGUUUUUUGUUUUUUUUUUUUUUUAGUCUGAAUCUGGACUUCAAGCAACACAGCGCCUGAGACGGCUCAUCUGAACCACACUAUAUUGCAAUACUCCCUCUUCCCAAAGAAAAAGACUCCACUGAGUAGCAGAAUGCUGCCAGUGUUGCAGCUAGGGCUACAAUACAGAGCCUUUUUGUAACAUCUCUCUGUUCACGUAUUUAGAGAUACAUACACACACUCAUAUAUCAAUUCUUCCUUUUUUGAGGGCACCUUUGGCUUUUAUUACCCUGAUGUGACUUCUUCUUCGUCUUGGAAUGAUGGGGAUCUUUCUAGCUUAUGUUGGAUUCAUUUUCUUUUCAGUUAUGUAUAUUCAACAAGGACUUUCUACCCAAGCAAAAUUCACUGAGUUUCCCCGAAAUGUCACUGCCACUGAAGGGCAGAAUGUGGAGAUGUCUUGUGCUUUCCAAAGUGGCUCCGCUUCAGUGUACCUUGAAAUUCAGUGGUGGUUUCUGAGGGCAGCUGAGGACCAAGAGGCUGGAGCUGAGGUGACAGGCACUCAGGUGGAGCUCCUGCCCGAGCGGGACCUGGACAGCGACGGCACCAAGAUCAGCACAGUGAAAGUACAAGGGAAUGACAUCUCCCACAAGCUUCAGAUUUCAAAAGUGAGGAAAAAGGAUGAAGGCUUGUAUGAGUGCAGGGUGACCGAUGCCAACUAUGGAGACCUUCAGGAAUACAAGGCCCAGGCGUUUCUCAAAGUCAAUGCUAACAGCCACUCUCGGCGAAUGCAAGCCUUUGAGGCAUCUCCAAUGUGGUUGCAAGACAUGAAACCUCGCAAAAACAUCUCAGCAGCUGUUCCAAGUAGCAUCCAUAACUCUGCCAAUCAGCGUGUGCGUGCCACCUCCAGCCCUGAAGCAGCAGCCAAAAUUCCCAAACAAAGUCCACAAUCAGCUUUCACCCAUACAAAAUCUGAAGAAAUACUUGGGUUCAUGAAAGAAAAAAUACAAUUCUUUUACAUAUCUCCAGAAAAAAAGAAACCUAAAUAUAUUUAAACUUCAACUAUAUUUCAUAAUGAAUCACUGAAAAGAUGAGGGUGCACUUCAUCGUAUAUGUCACUGUAGAACAUGCAAUUAUAACAUAUGCCCUGAAUUGGAGGAAAGUCAUGAUUUAUGCAGAACCUGAACAUUAUAAAUAAAAAGGCUUCAUGUUUAUGCAAUAUAUGACCCCUAAUUUGGAAAGCUACAGAUUGACAUACUGAAAAAAAAAAAGACAAACCAAAAUAAAUAUUUGCUUUGCCUGCAAAUGUUAUGGUGCUGCUUUUCCCACUGCAAAAUAGUUUGUCAAACCUAUUUUGUAUCAUACUGUUUCUCUUCCAGACAUUACAGCUUUCAAAUUCUCAAAUUAUAAUGCCAUUAACAGUUAAAAAAGCUCUUAUAAAAAUAUCCUUGAGACUCUACUGAGUGUUCAUCCUUAUUUGUGUUGUACAUAUUUUGUGCAGAGGAAAUGGGUCUCCAAAGACCUCUUUGGAAUUAUCUUGAGCAGUGUAUUUCUCUAGUUCAAUCAAAAAAAAAAAAUAUUUAAAUGAGAUAAACCAAGUGAAAAUAAUUCAAUACAUCAUUAAAUUAUCUAACUCUAACAAGGAUUCUAACCAAGUUCUGCUAACUUAGGGAAAGAAAAGCCUUUUUAAAAAUGUGACAAAUGACAAAUGUUACAUCUUGUGUAAAACAGAGAACAAAACUAUGCUGCAGUAUAACCAAACACAGAAAUUAAACUCAACCUUUGGGGCAAGAUUAUAAACAUUAUCUGUAUGAGAACAACCCACAGCAAGAAGUUACAAUAAAUUUGCUGAUGACCUAAUGCAGAACAAGUGUUUUGAGAAGCCCAGCAAACUACUGAAGUGUAGGACAGGUAGGGUAUCAUUGUCAGAUGGCUAAGAGAAAAGUAGGCUUCCCACUCCUGCCUGCGUUCAGUAGGAACAAAGUUCACAGGUCCCUUGGACUUAUUUGAAAAUCUUAGCAAUGUCUUUGAGACAUGUUUCCAUUUAAAUGUUAAUAUUCAUUUAGAAAUUCAGUUCACACAUGGAUAAUUGAAAUAUCACUGUUGCUUAGAAGUUCUUGUGUAUGUGACAGAAGACUUAAGAGUCUUUUAUGGCAACUACUGUGUAUGCAAUGUCUCAAACCAUGUAUUUGCAAAAUGAAGCAGUGUUCAGAGAAUUGGGAUUUAGUUUAAUCCCCAUUUUUGAAGGGAAAAAAUUACCAAAGACAGGAACAGAAAUACUUCUUGCUACACUUACAAACAUUGUUAGCAGAUACAGAGAAAUGAUGUACAAGUGUUGUACAAAACAUCUGAAAACUUUUAAAACAAUGAGCAUUUGCAUUGAGUUCUUUUUGUUUUCAUUGUGUAUAUUCUUGAUGAGAUGAUAAAUGUGCUUAUUGGGGUUGCAGUGGAAUCCUUCAUUCAGUUUAAUAUAAAAUUCUUUACAAAAACAGCUUAUACAUGUUUAAUAGUUUUUUUAAAACAUAACCAGUUGUUAAAAGUCCAGCAUUAUUAUGGACUGCUUAUAACACCAUUAUCACUUUGUUAUAGAAUUGAUGCCUGUACCCAUCAAUAACACUCAUUCUUUUCAAGUAUACAACACAGCUAUAAAAUCUAUUCAUCAUACAUUAACCUGUUAUAAUUUGAACUUUUAUUCAUACUGUAACCAAAUUAAAUUUAUGGUUUUCACCUCAAGUAGUAUGUAUAAAUUCUGAAUGUAAUUCUUUAUGAUAUAGGGAGUUAUCAGGUGCUGAGACUUGGUAUGUAAGACAUCUAAAUAGCUAUAUCCUUGGUGUGCAAACAUUUGAGUUUAAUUAAUUUAGUUCUAAAUGUUUUUAUUUCGACAACAUCCUUAAUAUAAAGUCAUGGGUUUAGAAAUAAUGAUAUGUACCAUUGUUUUCAUAGCUUUCUAAAAAGAAAAAAAAAUCUAUGAAAACAUAAUUUCUCAACAAUAGUCCAAACUCCUUAGCAAUCUGUUUCCCCCUUGUAAAUAGCACAGCCAUUUGCCAGUAUCUCCUCUGUUUUACAAGAAAAUAUUCUAGCCUGUAGAUGACAUUUUUGUUAGCAGCUGAUGUGAUGCUGGAAAUGAUUUUGUAAAGAACACUCUGAGGUGGAAGGUAUUUGAGUUUGUUCCUCUUGGUAUAUAUGUUUUUUCUGGAUAAUGUUUUAAAAGACAAAAAACAAAAGCAAAACAAAAAAAAAACC